AUGGUGCGUCUUGUUUUCGUCUUUUCGGUCUUACUGGCCGGGCAACUGUGGUGUGCAGAGGCAAGACGGCCCGUGUUCUGCUACUACGCUUCCUGGUCCGCUUAUCGCCCCGGAAGGGGAGCCUUCAACGUGGAGGACAUCGACCCACAAAUUUGCACCCAUCUGCUGUAUUCGUUCUUCGGUAUCGACGAGGCGGGCUCGGUGAUAGUGUUGGAUCCCUGGCUGGACCUCGAGGUCGACGGUGGACUUGGUAACAUCCGUCGCUUCAACGAACUUCGUCUUGCCAAUCCGUCGCUCAAAACGUUGGCCGCUAUCGGUGGUGCUAGCAUCGAUCCGGUCUUGUUUCCCGCGCUGGCGGCCAACCCAUCCGCGAGAUCCGCCUUUGCCCGGAAUGCCCGUAGCUUCUGUCAGGAGCACGGAUUCGAUGGAGUGGACAUCGAUUGGGAAUUCCCAGGCCAUCACGAUGGUGACACUAGCAACGACAAAACGAACUUUGCGCUGUUGCUGCAAGAGCUGGCUGCUGAGCUGCAUCAGCAUGGGCUUCUGCUAACGGCAGCCGUAGCGGCCAGCGAACCGAUCGCCUCCAUCGCUUACGAUAUUCCGGCCACCGUUGUCCACCUGGAUUACGCUCUGCUGAUGGCGUACGAUUUCAAUGGGGCCUGGAAUGACUUUACCGGGCACAAUGCGCCGCUGUUCGUUGGUCCCUCCGAUCAGAACGAUUUCCAGCGGAUGUUGAACGUGGAGCACAGUGUAAACUACUGGUUGGGGCAGGGUGCCCCGGCCAAUAAGCUCGUUCUGGGUGUGCCUACAUAUGGCCGGUCGUUCACGCUCGCAAACCCACAGGAUAACGGUCUACGGGCGCCAUCCGUCGGUCCGGGAAAUGAGGGUCCAUACACCGGGCAACCGGGUCACAUCGCUUACUAUGAGGCAUGCGCGAUCAUUCAGCUCGAUGCCAGCUGGACUAGGGUUUGGGAGGACGUCCAGAGGGUAUCGUACGCAUUUUUCCAAGAUCAAUGGGUGGGUUACGACGAUCGAAACAGCAUUACCGAAAAGGGCAACUUUGUGGUCGCGCGAGGCCUGGCCGGUGUUAUGGUGUGGUCCAUCGAUAUGGACGAUUUCCAUGGGUACUGUGGGCCUAAAUUCAAUCUACUCGGAGCACUGAAUGAUAGCUUGAAUGUGUAA